AUGCAAUUCCUGGGUGGAGUUGUUAUAGGAGUGAAGAUUGAAGGCGGAGCUGAAUAUGAAGUUGCCUUCUACAUAUCGAAUGACAAAGGACAGGAGGUGUUGCUUGGAACGAACGCACUGAAAAGUUUAGGUGUACAGAUCCAACUGCCUAAACCUGCCACAACCCCCACACGAAGGACAAGCCAUAUCGGCAAGGUUACGGUCGCAAGGAGAGCGUACAUACCGCCGUACAGCUCGGCCCUGGUACAAGCCCGCUGCAAUGUUGGCGAAAAUCCGGUCGAACGCGUCAUAUGGCCAGCUUCAAACGGAAUAGCUGCGGGAGUGUUUAAGAUAGAAAACAAUGAAUGUGUGAUUCCGAUAAUUAAUGAGGGAAGCGAGCCAAUGAUGUUUAGAGAAGGGGAGGAGAUCGGGCACUGGAGUACUGAUAAAUGGAGAGAAGGAUGGGAUGAAGUCAAACCAACGAUUUUGGAAGAACGAUGUUCCGGAUUGGAGUUGCAAGCCAGAAAGCAGAAACUUUUCGAACAAAUUUCGCAAAACAGAUCUUCCACAGAGAUCCCUGAGGAUAUCCGAAAACUGGUGGAAGAAAAAGGGGAAGCGUUUGCGGUGUGUGACCAAGAACUUUCGGCCACAAGUGAAGUCGAAAUGGAUGUGGACACAGGGGACCAUCCACCCAUAAAGUUAAAAGCUAGACCUGUACCUCUAGCAAUGAGAGCUAAAUUGAGGGAAAUGCUGAAUGAUCUCGUAUCUAGGAAAAUAAUCGAGAAAAGUGCAUCGGCUUGGGCUUUCCCAAUAGUUUUAGUAGAGAAGAAGGACGGCAGCUUAAGACUCUGUGUUGAUUACCGCGAGCUAAACAAGUGCAUUCGACAAGACGCAUACCCGAUGCCGACGAUAGACGCGAUAGGGAAAGCAGGACCCAACCAGUUUUUGACCACGGCCAGCCACAGAAUUGAUGGUGGGAAAAUAUUCGUUGAGGCCGGAGCACCAGAAGGGUGCUUGAAUUUCUAUGGGAAAAAUCUAGGCGUAGGAAGCGCCAAAGCAUUGUACGAUUGCAUCAGGAACCGCGUGAAGGACGCAAAAUUACCGCAGCUUGCUCCACUGGAAGUUGCGCCGACGAGGGCGCCGGCUCCCCGAGGGGGGAGGAUGUGGAGAUCAGGAGCCGAUCGAAUGAUGAGAAGGUCACGGGAUAGUGAUCGCGAGGGGAAGUUUCCCGCCGGAGGUCAAGAGGACCAGAAGUUCCCUAUAAAAGGCAGAUGCAUCUUCUGA